GAGGAGGAGCACCCUCCCUCCCGCCCCACUGCGCUGCCCACGACGGCCAGACCUCACCAGGAUCCUCUGCGCUGCGCUACCCACAUUUCGCACCCACACCGCAACAAACUCGUCGUCGCCGUCGUCGCCAGGAAACGCAUGUGACCCGCUGCGGUUUGAGGCGAAUUCUCUGCUGGUGUCCGUGUCCGUUUGAUGCUGAAGGAGGACAGGUGGGGAGGGACGGAGGGGAUCAUGGACUUCAGGAGCAGCAACGGCGGGUCGUCCUCGGAGCGCGCGCCGGCGGAGGGGGCGCCGCUGGCGAGGCAGGGGUCCAUCUACUCCCUGACGUUCGAGGAGUUCCAGAGCACGCUCGGCGGGGGCGCCGGCAUGGGAGGCAGCGACCUCGGCAAGGAUUUCAGCUCCAUGAACAUGGACGAGCUGCUCCGGAGCAUCUGGACCGCCGAGGAGAGCCAGGCCAUGGCCGCCUCGGCCUCGGGCGCGGGCGCCGGCCCACCGCCCACGUCUCUGCAGGGCCAGGGCUCGCUCACGCUGCCCCGCACCCUCAGCGCCAAGACGGUCGACGAGGUGUGGCGCAACCUCGUGCGCGAUGACCCGCUUCCGGUGGGGCCGGAGGGUGCCGAGCCGCAGCCCCAUCGGCGGGCGACGCUCGGGGAGAUGACCCUGGAGGAGUUCCUGGUCAAAGCCGGCGUGGUGCGAGAGAUCCCCACCGCUCCUGCGGUGCCGCCCCCGCCCAUGCACCCGCGGCCGGUCCCUGUUGUCCCUAAAGGCCCUUCCUUCUACGGGAACUUCCCGAGCGCCAACGACGCCGGUGCGGCGGCGCUGGGGUUCCCGCCGGUCGCCAUGGGGGAUCUGGCCUUGGCCAAUGGGCUCAUGCCGAGGGCAGUGGGUAUGGGAGGCGCCCCCCUGGUUGUGCAAACUGCGGUCAACCCGGUUGAUUCCGGCAGCAAGGGGAGCGAGGAUCUGUCAUCGCCGUCGGAACCAAUGCCGUACUCGUUCGAGGGGAUUGUGAGGGGGAGGAGGACUGGCGGCGGCGUGGAGAAGGUGGUGGAGAGGAGGCAGAGGAGGAUGAUCAAGAACAGGGAGUCCGCCGCCAGGUCCCGUGCCCGCAAGCAGGCUUAUACAAUGGAGUUGGAAGCCGAAGUUCAGAAGCUCAAGGACCUGAACGAGGAACUGGUGAGGAAACAGAAAGAGAUACUGGAAAUGCAGAAAAGAGAGCAGGCCCCUGAGAUGAAGGAUCAGUUCGGACGGAAGAAGCGGCAGUGUUUGCGGAGAACGUUGACCGGCCCCUGGUGAGGAGGAUCAAGGAGUCAGGCAUUCCACCGGCCUGCCUGCUUUGUACAUAUAAUUUGCUCUAUUGUAAACCGAUGAUGGACCAGACCUGUGCUUGGUUGACCUGCUAGUUUCCUUUCUCGUGCUGCUUCAGAGACCGCUGACCUGUAGGCUAGUGUGUAGUCGAGGAGGGGAGCCGUAAGAACCGCUGUAAUUUGGCAGUCCUUCAGAAUCUAGUUUGUAGAGCUUGUCUGGGUUUGCAUAACAUCAGUCUUUUUCUUCUUCUUCUUCUUCUAACUUUGCGCCUUAGAGACUAGUACUAGAUAAGUUGGGUUUGAGUUUCAGAUGUCGAUGUAAGUAAGUCCUGGGAUCCAAGAAACGUCCUACACCCGGCUUCAUGUUUGGCUAGUCAACCGAAGUUUAUAUAUCCUGUUGGCUGUAGUUUUAA